AUGGAUCUAAGCUGCAAUGACUGUCCACUUGCGGUGUUAACCAUUGGAGUGGCACUCUUGGAUGCAGCCCAUUCGUUGAAGAAUUUCAUUUCUUCGUCUGCCACCAAGUUAAAAAUGGCAAGGAAAGACUUUUCUGCGGCCAAUUUGAUAGGGAUGAUUGGGUCUCUAACACAAAGGAAGACCGAUGGAGCAAUGAGGUCAAUGUAUGGACGAAUCGAGAUGUCAUACUUGAACCGACAGACUGUUCUGAUCACAACCAAAGACAAACGUUUCGAAUCUGGAGAAUUGGAUGGUGGAGCAUUCAUGUUAACACAAAGUUGGGUCACAAGCUGCUCGAACGCAGCACGAGAGUCAUCGUCGAACUCGAAAUCAUUGUCGAUUUGCAACAUCACCUUACCACAGGCAAGAACAGAAUUGUCGUUGAUAUAA